UCUCCAGGAACCUCAGGGACGUUGCUGGCAACACAGUGACAACGGAGAUGGAGCACUGUGAGUGGUGGGUGCCUGUCGCCACCUCAGCUGUGACCCUGCUGCUCAGCUCUCUGCUCCUGCUGCUGCUUUACAUCAUGCUCAGCAGGAAAAUAGACAGGCACUGCUGCAGUGCACAGGUGAGCAGUGGUCCCACAGCACAGCCCCAGCAACCACCCAUCUCUUCAGCUGGAGGGGAAGGGGUGCAGCAACCAAACUAUAUGGGGAGCAGCGAGACGUCUUCAGAGACCUCAGAGGACUCGGACAGCAGCUCUGUGCACCCACAGGAAAGGAAAACCCGCUCAAAGGAAAACCUCAACUACACAUCUGUGCUGUUCCCGGGGAAAGGCUCUGAUAGGAACUACGAGAACAUGAAGAUGGGCGCUGAUUACGUCAACGUGGACCCAAAAAAGAAGAAAGCAGAGUUUUGGACCUGCUCCAGCCCUGUGGCAUCCAAGUCCAUCGAGUACACAGAGGUGAAGCUGUGACACUUCCCUGGGGUCCCACAGCAGCCACCGCUCUGUGCCCAGGUCAGUGCUGGCACAGGGCUGCUGCCAUUCCCUGCGAUGGUGCAGCUCCCCCAGGGAUCUUUUGGGGUCGGAGGCUGUGGGUGUGGGGUGAUGUGGGGCUGCCCCACACCUCCCUGUGGGGAAACGCUCCUUCUCAGACUGCCACAAGCUCUGCACGUGUGUGUGAACACCGUUUUCUCAUCUUGUGAAAGCAAAUGCUCCCCCAGCGGGAUUCGGGUAAGAGAGGGAAAUGCAAUCAUUUCCAAACCAUCCCUCCAUUGGGCUGACAUAUCCUGUGAAUAAUGCUUCCUUCGCUGAUG